AUGUCUGCACUAAAGCUCAACCAACCCGAUACUCUUCUGGGGCUGAGUAUGGCCGAAGCGCGGAUGAUCAUUCUUGGUGUGCUGAGUUCCGAUAAAUCUGGCAAAGUUGACUUUGACAAGAUGGCCGUCAAGGGAGGCUACAAGAACGCUCAAUCUGCCAGUACUCUCUAUCACAAGGCCAAGCGUAGGCUUUUCGAUAUCCAUAAUAACCCGGCCGAUCAAGAAGCUGGUACCUCUAUCAGUCCUGCAAAGGAAUCCGCUUCCACCACUGCUACUCCCAAGAAAACGCCCGCAAAGCGUGGCAAAGACAAGGCUGUCGCCGAUGAUGACAACACUGGUGCUAUCGAGACUACUCCAACUCCUUCCAAGGGGAAGCGUCAGAAGACGGCAGCGACCCCGAAGACCCCGAAGACCCCUCGCUCUGUGCCGAAGGCUGUGAAGACAGAGGCUCCAAAAUCUGGAGGUGCCACUACUCCCACUCCGGCCGAAGGCAAAGUCGCCGUGAAGAAGGAAGAAGACGAUAUGGAGCUCGAAAACAGUACCAUCAAGGAGGAGUCGAAGUCUUCUGAUGACGAGGAACUUAUGAGUACCAGCCAGAUGAGUGCAGAGUUUUCUGGCAUGGGACAGCGCCCAGAUACUCCCAGGUAA